UGUCUUAAGUUAGUGUCGCAUAGCCUCCUGUCGCGGGUAGUCGAAAACAAAAGUUGUCGUAAUGAAAAUUUGCAAAACUUGUGGAGAAGGGUCUAUAAUUGAAGAAACUGAAGAUGGGAAGACAUUUUCUGUUUGUACCGACUGCGGCACACUAGAUAAUGAAACACCAGAACUAACAUCAGAACAGCAGUUUAGAGGAACAACUAUAACUGAUGGCAAUUUUUCCGGACUGAAGAACGGUUGCAAACGUUUCAACCGGAAACAGAAAGGAUUUGAAAAAUGGCAUACAGAUGGAAAAUUACUAAUAGCAAAGGUUGGGGCACAGAUGAAACUAAAUGAAAACAUGAUUGAAGGUGCCCAAGGCCAUUUUGAGCUUGUAUUCAAUGAUCUAUUUAGAACGAGUACAAACUAUAAACAAGCAAUGUGUAUUGCAUGUCUCUUUGUUGAAACCAGAAACUCAGGGCGGGCAAUUAGACUCAUUGACCUGUGUAACUGUCUGAAUGAGGCAAAUCUACUGAGCAAAUGUAGUAAGGCUGUGUAUUACUUGAGGUCUAUUCGCAAUGUUCAAAUUAAAGAACCAUCUGUUGAUGACAAAGUUGAACAUUUUUUACAAGGUGUUGGAAUGGACCAAGGUAUAAUAGAAUUAACAAAGCAAGUUAUGGAUGUUGUUGUUGACGGAUUUCUUUCAGAAGGGCGAAGUAUACAUCUAACUGUGAUAUGUGCAGGAUAUUUUGCUUGGCAUGCAAGAACUACUGGGAGUCUACUUUCUAAGACUUUCAAGAAGUACUGUGAUAAAUUUGGCUUCACAAACUCAACUUAUCUUAACGAAAGAAAACAAGAAGUAAAACAUUUUCUGGUUUCCUUGGCAAAAGAACUACCAUGGAUGUCAAAUAAAGACAAAAUUCGUGCUAGUGAUCAUAUCAAUGACAUUAUAAAGAAUAAAUCAUAUCUUUUGGUUAAAGCCAAGCUAACCAAAACAGAAGUUAUCAAAAGGAAACUGGAAACAGAUGUGAAUAAUACAAAUAUAAUUGAUCCAACAGUUGGCAGUCAGAGUGCCAUUGAUGUAGGCAGUGAUACAAAUAAAAGUAGUGUUGUCCAAAGAGCUGCAAAAAAGAGGAAAUACAUGGAGAGCCAGAUUGAACAGCCAUCUAUGGUCUUUAGAAAUUGCCCAAGAACUGCACAAUCAAGACAUAGCAGGAGAUCACAUGAUGGUCAUCCAGACAAAGAUUCAGGUGAUCAGUUGACGAGUUGUGUGCCUGAAAAUGGGUGUAAUGAUUCGGAGGAGAUAGAUUUGGGAAGUGAUGAUGACACAGAUAUUUAUAUACUCAAUCCUGAUGAGGUCCUACAGCGCAAAGAAGCAUUGAACAAAUUUGAGUUUAAGUGAACCUUUGUCAGUUAUAUUCAGAGUAAUGCAGGACAAACAUCAAUUUAUAACUAAUCUAAUACUAAAUAGUAAUAAAAAUGACCUUUUUAUGCCCCCUUUCGAAGAAAAGGGGGUAUAUUAUAGUUUUCGCACUGUCAGUCUGUCUGUCACACUUUUCGUGUCCGCUCUCUAAUUCAAAUAGUUUUCAUGCUAUCUUUACCAAACUUGGUCAGAAGUUGUAUGUAGACAAUAUCUAGGUCAAGUUCGAGAAUGGGUCAUGCCGGGUCAAGAACUAGGUCACGGGGUCGAAAAAACAAAUCGAAGGGAAGUAAUAAGCUUUAAAUGGACAUAAUUAUCUGACCUGCCAAAUGAUAUAUUCUUGUUAAAUAAAUCAAAGCGGUGUUUCUGACAAACACAUCAUGGUAAAAGGUCAAGGUCAUCCUUCAAGGUCUAAGGUCAAAAAUACAAAUCCAAGGGAAGUAAUAAGCUUUAAAGGGAGAUAAUUAUUCAAUAUUGAACAUAGCAACUUGAUAUUUGGCAUUCAUUUGUAUCUCACGGAGCUACACAUUUUGAGUGGUGAAUCUAAAGUCACGGUAGUGGCUUUUAAUUAUUUGCUACUAAAAAUAGAUAGUGGCUUUUAAUUAUUUGCUACUUAAAAUAGACAUUUGUUAGAGACAAUUAUUUUCAAGGGAAGUAAUUUAUAUAAUUAUAAAUAUCAUAUUAUAUAUUUCCUUACCAAGAAUUUAAGUUCUUUUCACAGUUACUGUACAGAUUUUUUACUUUGAUUAUUUAUAAUUCAAAUGAUUGAUUUGUCAAAGUUUUUUUAAAAUGAUAUUAUCAUUUCUUUGUACUACUUUGUGAAUGGUAGGGUUCAUUACAUACCUGUGGACUUAUGUCCAUAGAUACAUGAUGAACUCUGGCUAUGCUCUCUUUGAUAAACCACAAGCCUUGAUUGUCAGUGAUGUCUGACUUGGUCAUUUUUGACUGUCUACAGACCCCCCCCCCCGGUAGAUUGGACAAAAUCCAAGGGAAGUAAUAAGCUUUAGAGGGAGAUGAUUUAUAAACCUGCCAAAUGAUAAAUAGAAAUUUUAUUUCAAAGCGAGGCAGUAGGGGGCAUUAUGUUUCUGACGAACACAUAUCUUGUUGUGUAUGAAGUGACUAAAUGUACUACUAAGAUAAGGUCUUGUUAUUUGUUACAUAUUCACGGACACAAUUACUUUUAAUAUUUAUGUCAAGUAUUUGUCUACCACUCCUUCGAAGAAAAGGGUGUAUAUUUGUUUGCAUCUGUUGGACAAUCGGUCAUAAGAAAAUUUUGUUUCCAAACAAUAUCUUUAGAGCCCUUAUGCAUACCAUCAUCAAAAUUGUUCAGAAUUGAAGCUUACGAGGACAUGUAACUAGAAAUUUAAGAGGUUCACCAUUUUUAACUCUUAUCCAUAAAUACUGGAUAAAAUAUGGUAUAUAACCGAAUAAGUGAUACUGUAUGUGUUUGAUUUGCAUGAUUAUUGCUCUUUUCUGUGAAUGUUAAUAAGUUAUUUACAAUUAAAUAGUUUUGUCGUAAA